AUUACGAGGUACAGUAGGUGUAAGGCAGCCAACGACUAACUUAGAUUCAUAACCAAAGAGAAAGGGAACAGACUGAAAUGCUCUCCGAGCUUUUUGCUGGUUCCAUUUGGACAAAGGAGAAGGUGGGUGAUAAGAAGCCUUCAAGGGACUCAGAAUUUUAUGAGGUCCUUUUCAGCUUCCAGCUCAUUGCCUACUUACUCAAGUGAACACCGCAUCAAAGCUGCACAAAUAAGACGUUCGAGUUGUAAAGCCCCUCCAUUUGGCUGGCGGGUGUCUGGGGGCUGCUUUUGUGACAGGUUACGUCUGGCUCACGCAGACACAGACACGCCCACAGAGCAGGGUUGAGAAUUUAUGCAGCACAUACACGGAAGAGAUCAGCUGGUCUGGCACUCAGAGACGUAGCCAGCUGUGAAAAGGAAGACAAGUUCAUAGCGAGUGCUUCUCAGAGGCCAGAGCGGAGGAUCCGGGGGAUGCUGGUGAAGAUGAAGCGGACUCUUUAUCGAACCUCCUGCUUGGUGACACUGCUGGUGGAGCUCAGCUGGAUCAAUGGGGGCCUCGGCCUGCAAAGACAGGUUGGAAGUAGGGUAAUGAAGCAGUGGGAGAGGAAGGUACGCUCAGCCUCCAGCCUUGACGAGCUGCUCAGACUUGCAGACUUCCCCGACUGGAAGUUGUGGAAGUGCCGCAUGAGACUGCAGCAGUCGGACUCUCUUUUUUCGCCACCUUCGGCCGGCUCCCACCGCUCGACACGUUACGCUGCAGAAUCAUACAGCUUGGAGAUACUCAAAGCCAUAGAUGAGGAGUGGCAGCGGACACAAUGCAUGCCAAGAGAGACUUGUGUGGAUGUGGCCAAAGAACUGGGUACUGACCCAUCCAUGUUCUUCAAGCCACCUUGUGUGUCCGUCCACAGGUGUGGUGGCUGCUGCAAUCAAGAAGGUGUCACAUGCAGAAACACAAGUACAGUGCUGGUCAACAAAACGGUCCUUAGCGUGAUUCCAUUCAAGUUUGUACCAGAGCCUGUGCUGAUAAAAGUUGUGAAUCAUACAGAAUGCAAAUGCAUGGAGCCCGCCAUUGUACAACGUAAUGCUCAGCCUCACAGGGGCAGUGGUUGUUCUCUGAUUGGACAGCUUUCAGAGGCCGAGAAUUCCAGGAAACUUUGCGUCAGCGGUUGGAUUUGGGAUUGUACAAGUGACAGAUGCAUACCGUACCCUUCUAAUACUAGCCCAGAUUUUCCAAUGACUUCAUGGAUGCCCAACUGUGAGAUCGACGUGGAUCAUUGUGACUGUAUUCCACAAGCUGAUCCAACUCCCCAACUAAGAAUGGUCCUACGGUGUCACCUCAACAGCUCCAUCUGUUCUCACAGACGUCAAUAUUUUGACCCCUUCUCCUGCAGAUGCAAGUGGCCCAAAUAGCAGCAAGUAUGACAACCUGCAGACCAAUCCUUUUGGAGGCAGAGAAAUAGUGGCACAUAAUUUAUUUACAACAUUAUUUAUGCAAACCACGUGAACUAAUGGAGAUUAUACUUAGUCACAGGAC